AUGAGCUCUAUUGAUGAGAAGCCUCUUUCAUGGUUCAUCAGACUGAUUCAUGAUACUUGCAUUCAUUUGAAUAAAUCUAUGUUGCUCCUCUGCUUAUUCCAAUUUAAUUCUACAAUGAGCUCUAUUGAUGAGAAGCCUCUUUCAUGGUUCAUCAGACUGAUUCAUGAUACUUGCAUUCAUUUGAAUAAAUCUAUGUUGCUCCUCUGCUUAUUCCACUCUAAUUCUACAAUGAGCUCUAUUGAUGAGAAGCCUCUUUCAUGGUUCAUCAGACUGAUUCAUGAUACUUGCAUUCAUUUGAAUAAAUCUAUGUUGCUCCUCUGCUUAUUCCACUCUAAUUCUACAAUGAGCUCUAUUGAUGAGAAGCCUCUUUCAUGGUUCAUCAGACUGAUUCAUGAUACUUGCAUUCAUUUGAAUAAAUCUAUGUUGCUCCUCUGCUUAUUCCACUCUAAUUCUACAAUGAGCUCUAUUGAUGAGAAGCCUCUUUCAUGGUUCAUCAGACUGAUUCAUGAUACUUGCAUUCAUUUGAAUAAAUCUAUGUUGCUCCUCUGCUUAUUCCACUCUAAUUCUACAAUGAGCUCUAUUGAUGAGAAGCCUCUUUCAUGGUUCAUCAGACUGAUUCAUGAUACUUGCAUUCAUUUGAAUAAAUCUAUGUUGCUCCUCUGCUUAUUCCACUCUAAUUCUACAAUGAGCUCUAUUGAUGAGAAGCCUCUUUCAUGGUUCAUCAGACUGAUUCAUGAUACUUGCAUUCAUUUGAAUAAAUCUAUGUUGCUCCUCUGCUUAUUCCACUCUAAUUCUACAAUGAGCUCUAUUGAUGAGAAGCCUCUUUCAUGGUUCAUCAGACUGAUUCAUGAUACUUGCAUUCAUUUGAAUAAAUCUAUGUUGCUCCUCUGCUUAUUCCACUCUAAUUCUACAAUGAGCUCUAUUGAUGAGAAGCCUCUUUCAUGGUUCAUCAGACUGAUUCAUGAUACUUGCAUUCAUUUGAAUAAAUCUAUGUUGCUCCUCUGCUUAUUCCACUCUAAUUCUACAAUGAGCUCUAUUGAUGAGAAGCCUCUUUCAUGGUUCAUCAGACUGAUUCAUGAUACUUGCAUUCAUUUGAAUAAAUCUAUGUUGCUCCUCUGCUUAUUCCACUCUAAUUCUACAAUGAGCUCUAUUGAUGAGAAGCCUCUUUCAUGGUUCAUCAGACUGAUUCAUGAUACUUGCAUUCAUUUGAAUAAAUCUAUGUUGCUCCUCUGCUUAUUCCACUCUAAUUCUACAAUGAGCUCUAUUGAUGAGAAGCCUCUUUCAUGGUUCAUCAGACUGAUUCAUGAUACUUGCAUUCAUUUGAAUAAAUCUAUGUUGCUCCUCUGCUUAUUCCACUCUAAUUCUACAAUGAGCUCUAUUGAUGAGAAGCCUCUUUCAUGGUUCAUGGAUUCAUCAGACUGA